AGCCGGGGCCGGGUCGGAUGAGUCAGCGAGUGGACCGAGCGGCCGCUGCAGCCCCGAAACCUGAAUGAACCACACCGGAACCAGCAGAAGGAGGAAAGAAACCGAGGCUUGUUUGUGUGACUGUUGUUAGUUUCCGGUUCUUUUAUUCAUUCCUCCGCUGACAGACACGCAGGCUAGUCCUGAUCCUACCGGGGGGGAGAAGGUGGUGGUCCGGCCAGGCUACUACUACAGCUGCUGCUGCUGCGGAGGUGGAGGAGGUAGCGGAGGAGGAGGAGGAGGUUUCUCCCGGUUUCUGGUUUCCUUCCGAGGGUCACGUUUAAAAGACUGAGGCGGGCGGGGGACACACACGGUUUUUGAUUUUUAAAAAAGCUCUUUUGUUGGCACCACCAAGAUGUCGGGGCAGAGCAUCACGGACCGGAUCACCGCAGCCCAGCACAGUGUGACGGGAUCCGCCGUGUCCAAGACGGUGUGCAAGGCCACCACACACGAAAUCAUGGGCCCGAAGAAGAAGCAUCUGGACUACUUGAUCCACUGCACCAACGAGAUGAACGUGAACAUUCCACAACUGGCCGACUCGCUGUUUGAGCGGACCACCAACACCAGCUGGGUGGUCGUAUUCAAGUCACUUAUCACCACACAGCACCUCAUGGUCUAUGGCAACGAGCGUUUCGUCCAGUACUUGGCUUCAAGGAAUACACUUUUCAACCUCAGUAAUUUUUUGGAUAAAAGUGGGUUACAAGGCUAUGACAUGUCCACGUUUAUCAGGAGGUACAGUCGAUACCUGAACGAGAAAGCUGUUUCAUACAGACAGGUUGCCUUUGACUUCACAAAAGUAAAACGCGGAGUGGACGGUGUUAUGAGGAUGAUGAAUACAGAGAAGCUGCUCAAGACUAUCCCCAUAAUUCAGAACCAGAUGGACGCCCUCCUUGAUUUCAAUGUUAACGCCAACGAGCUGACUAAUGGAGUCAUCAAUGCAGCCUUCAUGCUCCUCUUUAAAGACUCCAUCAGGCUCUUUGCUGCUUACAAUGAAGGCAUCAUCAACCUGCUUGAGAAAUACUUUGACAUGAAGAAGAUUCAGUGUAAAGAAGGUUUGGACAUUUACAAGAAGUUUCUCACCCGAAUGACCCGGAUAUCAGAGUUCCUCAAAGUAGCAGAGCAGGUGGGCAUUGAUCGAGGUGACAUUCCAGACCUUUCACAGGCUCCCAGUAGCCUCCUCGAAGCUCUGGAGCAGCACUUGGCCUCUUUAGAGGGCAAGAAAGUCAAAGACUCCACCGCAGCCAGCAGGGCCAGCACUCUGUCAAAUGCAGUGUCAUCACUGGCCAGCACGGGGAUGUCAUUCACUAAAGUGGAUGAGCGGGAGAAGCAGGCAGCUCUCGAAGAGGAACAGUCUCGACUCAAAGCUCUGAAGGAACAAAGGCUUAAAGAGCUCUCUAAGAGGCCGUCCUUUGCCACCACUGAUACGUCGCCUAUCUCCACCACCGGGGGCACAAUCAGCUCAGCAACGGCCAUCGACCUCUUCUCUACACCCGGCUGCUCAAAUGGGGCCGUGAAGAUGGAGAGUGACCUGUUUGACCUGCAGUCGACCUUCCAGCCCUCCAUGCAGUCCUCUUCAACAGGGCUUCCGGUGGCCACAGCAUGGGCAGAUCCUUUCACCUCUGCUGAAGCUGGAGAUGAUUCCAUGCCAAACCUCAACCCUUUCCUCUCAAAACUCGUUGUCGAUGCCUCUCACUUACCUGUCGUGUCUUCAGACGGUGUUAGCUUUUCCUCUAUGACGUCUGGUCAUGAAAUGUUUGGUGAUCGUUACAAUCCCUUUACUGACACAAACUCAACCGUUUCAAGCAAUUACAAACGCACAGUGCGGAUAGAACCCUCCGCUUCAGACUCCUUCUGUGGUCCAGUGUCCAUUGCCCAGCACCUCCCACACCAGGCUCCCUUCCCCUCUGAGCCCUCUACUGUAGCAAGUCUAUUCAGAGGAUAUUCAACACCACAGGCGCCUGCACAGCAGCCAGCAGGGGGACUCCAAGUGGACUUUGAGUCAGUUUUUGGAGCCAAAGCCUCAGGCAGCAACAGUGUCAUUUCUGAUGAUAUUACCGGGGGCAUCCUGAAACCGACCCUGGCCGGUUCCAACCAGCCGUGCAGUCAGCAGCCAGAUAGGCUGGUGUCAGACGACCUUGACUCCUCCCUGGCUAACCUUGUCGGCAACCUCGGCAUUGGAAACGGCUCAAUGAAAAAUGACAUGCACUGGAGCCAGCCAGGAGAGAGGAGGAUGACCGGCGGCAACAACUGGCAGCCAAAGGCGGCCCCAUCCAUGAUCUGGAACCCCGUCUCCAUGCCACAGUCAGUCAUGACCUUCCCUGCCACCACACCCACAGGCAUGAUGGGAUAUGGCAUGCCUCCGCAAAUGGGCUCUAUGGGCAUGAUGAAUCCACCCACCAUGAUGUACAGCCAGCCUGUGAUGAGGCCACCCAACCCCUUUGGCUCUGUGUCCAGUGCUCAGCCCUCCGCAGCCUCUAGUCCUUCCAGCCAGAGUCCUCUCCGAGCCCCUGGACAGGACCCGUUUGCACACCUCUCUCUCAAGGAUUUCUUGUAGAGCAUCUCCUUAGAUGCAGUUCAUGUAAUUUUGAAGAAAAGUGUCUCUCGGAAGAUGAAGCAACUAGCAGCAAAGCUUUGUACUCGUUGCAGUCUAACUCUUCAAAGAAAAACUCCACACACACACACUCACGCACCCAAAUACAGACAUGUCAAGAACACCAUGGUGCAACGACUUGUCAGAAACCAUGGUAACCAAGUCCAAUUGACGUUUGGCGAUAGCUCACACCCAUUAAUCUGUAACUUGUCCAAGACGUCGAGUGAUGCUGCUGUCUAACCCCCAUUAAGAGGAUUCUUAAUCAAUUUUACAGUGUAAUCUGUAAAGAUAGUGAAUGGGUGCUGAGAAACUUUGAUGUUAUGUAUUUGGAAACACUGUGGUUGGAUGUAAAGGCUCGAUGUUCAGCGGGGAAGGCGGCGGAAGUGAAGGGAGAGCGCUCCUUCCCUUUCUUGAUCCGAUCAUCAGUCAUCCAUCCCCUACAGUUAUUUAACUGUCACUAAGUAGUGAUGCUAAUGACGUUUACACCUGUUAAGUUCUUGUCUUUUUUACCGUGUUUACAGUAGACAUUCCUUGUGUGUUGUUUGUAUUUAUUUAUGAUUAUUGGUUUAAGAUUGGGGAAAAUAAUGAUAAUAAUGUAAAAUCGACAGUACAUUGAACACCUGUGGGAGUGCUUCAGCAUUAAACAAGGAUCUCUGACUAUCAUCGAGAGGUAGAGUUAAAAUAAAAAAAUAGCUAUUAUAUAAAUUACACCUAUUAAGCGGAAUCAUAGAGCACUAAAUAUUCUGAGUUUUGUGUUUAAGUUUUUUCUUUUUCUUUUACUAGAUGAAAGAUUUCACAAUCUCCAUUGUACUUCAAGUGCAGGGGUUAGAGUAUGAGUCAGUUAAUGUGAUAUAGUCGGUUCUGUGCCUAGGGUUUUUUGCAAUGGAUCAGUUUCCUGAAACACUUCAUCCACGAAUCUGAAGCGUCGCACUGGGCGCCGGGCUCCAUUUGCUUUAAGCUUGGCAUGCCGUUGACUCACUGACCGUAUUCAAGGCUGCCUUUACUCUGAAUGUGAACGAGUUGUCUUCAUGUUGCACACAUCUUUCAACACUACAGUUCCUCAGCAGGAGAUGGGGAGAGGGCAGGGAAUGAUGGACUGAGUGUGUCUGCUGGCUGGAGAGCUUGUCGCCACGCCAACGGGUGGGGAAUAGGGGGUCACGGAUUUGAUGUAAAUUAAUUGUAUAAAAAAGAUCCAGAGGAGCGGCUGUGGAGUGGAGGAGCGCUGUUGAUCGGCGCUCUAUGUAUAUAAAAAAAAAACCUGACUGUUCUUUGAGUGCUAAAGUGAAAGAUGUAUGAAAUAUGAAAUCAAUUCAAUCAAAUUUGACUCUACCUAAGUUUGAUUCAGGAUAUUCUCUGCGUUUGUCUCCGCAGAUAUUUUCUUUAUGUAAUUAGAACGUGUAGCAGACAAUGACUGAAGUCUUUUCUUUCUUUUACAAAUAAAGAGCAGCUUCCACAAA